UAUAGCAUUCGAAUUCGACCGCGAAGACCCGACCCAAACGAAUCGAUGAGAAACGUCAAAACAAAACGAAUAUUUUUGUCGCAGAAGGCAAAACAGCCAGUGUUUGGAUUUGUUGGCAACUGCCUGUUCUGUUUUGCAGUUAUAGUAACGUACGAAAGAAAAUAGAAUUUUCAUGGUAAAAUAGUUCUAAAACUUAGGAAUCUAACGAGGAACCUUAAUUCUAAGCGCUACCUGCAAGAUGGAGUUAGAACCCCAGUUAUGUCGGUUAUGCCUAGUUCCUGUUGAUCCAGCUACUGUAGUUGUUCUAAACCAAGCCGUAGGAUUGAUCGAAUCAAUCCUUCAAUUAACUACAAUCAAUGUGAUAAUAGAUCGAACACGUAGUGUAUUUAUGUGCGACCAAUGCCGAAACAUGCUCGACUUAUCCAUACAGUUUCGCAUGAUGUGUCUUCAAAAUGACGAGACAUUCAGGAAAAUGUAUGCCGAACAUGCAUUGUCCUUAAAUACCGAAACGGAUGUAUCUGAUAAUUGCGAAGCAGAAUUUGUCGAUUGUAAAAUUGAAACAGAAAUAUCUGAGGUUUUGGAGAAAUUGGAACCCGAAAUAACCAUUCAGGAUAACAAAGUUUUAAAAGGUAAACGACAAGCGUCGCCCGAUGAAUUUAAAAAGAGAACACUUCGCAGAAAGUUGAAAGCAACAUUAAACACCGAAUACAGAGAACAUGACGAACAACGUCCGACUAAGGGAGUAAAAGCGAAGAAGAAACGCAAAAAGAUUAAAGCGCACCAGAAAUCAACGACCGGUAAUCAGGGUGAAAAGACACAAUGCCAGAUUUGCGGAGAGUUUUAUAGUCGCGAUGUCUUGCGUAAGCACCUGUUGAUCCACAAAGCUGAUCGACCGAUGUAUUCAUGCGAUCAAUGCCCGAAGAAAUAUCCGCACAGGAAAAACCUGAGAGAGCACAUAGAAAUCGUGCAUGAGGGUAAGGCAGACCAUACGUGCGACAAAUGCGGCAAAACUUACAAUCGGAAGGACGCUUUGAACAAGCAUUACAUUGCUGAACAUACGGAUUUGAAGAACUUUGAGUGUAAGGUUUGCUUCGAAAAGUUCUCUCGCUCGUCAGCCUUGGCCUACCACAAUAAAAUGAAGCAUUCAAGUUUGCGACCGCAUGCAUGCACAUAUUGUGAGAUGACGUUCAAAAGAAGCAAUGAUUUAGUGCUUCAUGUUCGGACGCAUACUGGCGAGAAACCAUUUAAGUGCGAUUUGUGUGACAAAAGGUUUGCCAAGAGCUACAAUGUUGUGAUUCACAAAAAGUCGCAUAGAAAUGCUGAAUUGCGAAAGGCAGCUCAGCUAAAAACCGAAGCUUCGGGACAAUGUUCGGAUCUUGUUGUGACGAGUGGUUUAGAAUGAUGUAUAUCAAGUAGAAAAGGGCAUAUUGUAACGAUAAUUAAGUUCUUAUCCAGUAUCCCACAAAGGAUCAGAAGUUAGUAAAUAAAGUUAAUAAUUUUAUAAAAAAA